UAGAAAAAUUUAAUGGAAGCCUAGAUAUAUGCUAGCGCCACCACUGGAAUUUGUAUGGCAGUUUAUCUCGCCGACGUCUUCUAGCGCCUUGCAUGGCGCGAGCACUUUCUGCUAGAAUGCAACAUAACCACAAAUAUCGCUGUUGCAUAAAGUGUCAACGGUGUUUGUUUUUUUGUUUCGUUUGGAGUUUACAAACAUGUUUAUUUAAUAUUGUGGCAUUUUAAAACAAUAAUAGUAAGGAAAUAUUCAUCACAAUGGAAAAUAAAAAACGAAAGCGGAAUAAAAACACAAUUCGCACGAGAAAAUAUAGAGCUAUAUCUAAAGCUAAAAAUUAUCGAAGAAGCGAUUCUAAUUCAUCGUCGGACAACGAUAAUUUUGCAAAUAAUGAAAGUUCUUCAGACGGUGAAAUACUACGCUCUAUAGGAAACAAUGAGAUUCCAGUGAAUGACUGUAGAAAGAAUUUUCCACGAAGAUCUGAAGAAGAGAUAAAUAUCGAUGACAGUAAUAGCAAUUUUAGUAGCAAUUCUGAUGACGAUGAUGAUGAUGAUGAUUCUGAUGAUGAUGGUGAUGACGAUGAUAGUGAUGUAAAUCAAGAUCAACUCGACAUUCUCCGCCUUCGUACCUGGGCCAUCGAAGAAAAAAUAGACCAAAACAAAUUGGAUAAGUUGUUGCACAUUUUAAGACGUAGAUUAUUAACUGACUUGCCAAAAUCAUCAAAAACAUUUUUGAAAACAACGGAAGCUAAGUACGAAAUCGAAAAAAUGAAUGACGCUGAAGGCAAUCCAGGAGAAUUUGCGUAUUUCGGUUUGAAAAAAGGCUUAGAAGAUACUAUUAACCCUGAAUUGCAUCCAAGCAAGGAAAUAGAGUUAAAAUUGUCUGUUGAUGGCAUUCCACUUUCAGAUUCUGGUGAUACAUCUUUUUGGCCUCUUCUUUGUCAUGUGUAUUCUGAUUCGGACAUCUACGCACCUUUUCCGGUGUCAAUUUUUUCUGGAAAGUCAAAACCUGAAAGUACUCAAAUCUAUUUCAAACAGUUUGUAAGUGAAGCGAAUGAUGUAUUAGAAAAUGGGAUUAACGUUUCGGGACACCAUUUUUUAGUAAAAAUAAAGUGUUUCAUUUGCGAUACGCCAGCCAGGGCAUUUUGUAAAAAUACUGUUGGACAUCACGGAAAAUUCGCUUGUGAGAGAUGCAUUGUAAAAGGAACGAAAAAAGAUGUUGGAAGUACUGUUUUCCCAUCAAGAGAUUGCAAGGAACGAUCCGACGAAUCAUUUCGACAACAAGAGCAACCUCAACAUCACAAUGGUCUAUCAAAAUUGCUAAAAGUUAAACCUAAAAUUGACAUGGUUUUCCAGUUUGUACUUGACUUUAUGCAUCUAUGCUGCCUCGGAAUGAUGAAAAAAUUAAUUGAAAUAUGGAUGAGUGGCAAUUUAAAUACACGAUUGGACGUAAAAAUGAAAGAUAUUUUAUCAGAUAGAAUUUUGAUCCUGGAACCGCAAAUACCUUGCGAGUUCCAACGAAAGUUGGGGCUGUUAAGAAAGUAUUCAAAAUGGAAAGCUACACAAUUUUAUUUUUUUUUAAUUUACUGCGGACCAAUAAUUUUAAAAAAUGUACUUCGACCUCGAUUGUAUAAGCAUUUUCUCCUUUUACACGCAGGUUGUAGAAUUUUAUGCUCUGAUAGACUAUGUUUAAUCUACAAUCGUUUUGCUAAAGAAUAUCUGAGGGCUUUUUUCGAAGGCUUAAAACAUUUCUAUGGUAAAUAUACAUUGACGAUAAACUCCCACAAUUUAAUUCAUCUGGCUGAUGAUGUGUGGUAUAUGAAGUGCAGUCUCAACAGAAUUUCAGCUUUUGUAUUUGAAAAUUUUUUGGGAACAUUAAAAAGAAAAAUAAGAACUCCAAACAGACCGUUGGCUCAAGUCUGCAGAAGAAUGUUUGAAGAAAAAUCUGUCAAUGACAAAAAAGCAAAUCGACCUCCAGAGAUACAAAUUCUCAAAAAGAAAAAAUCAAAUAUAUUAAAAAUAAAAUACAAAGAGUAUACAUUUACGACUAAAGAACCAGAUAAUGUUGUUAUGCUAAAAAACAAAAAAUUUCUUCAAAUUAGAAAAAUUAGAGAAACUCGGUAUGGAAUCCAAAUCGAUGGAUUUGUUUUUAAAAAAAAAUCACCCCUGUUUGAUUAUCCCUUCGAUUCCAGUAUUUUGGACAUGUGGGAGAUAGAAAGAGAACGUGGAAAAAGAUUGAGAAGUUAUUUUCUUCAGGCGAUAGAAGUGAAAGCUAUGAAAAUCAGCAUGGCUUUAAAACUAGACGGAAUUAAGCGCUAUUUCGUUGUACCUCUCCUUCAUCACUAAAUUUACAAUCAAUUUUUUAAAUUUAAUUUGUUCAGUAUAAAUUCAUCAGUUUGUAUGGCAUUC